AUGACGCUGGAUUCGUUACACAUGUUAACACUUAUCUGCGCACCACAAACAAAUAUUUCUUAUCCCUUGAGUGCGAACCAAGCUCCUCCCUUGCUCCUCACCCCCUGCAACCAGGAGCACGUGACGCUACACGGGAGCGGGACACGCGCAGUUCCUAGUGAUCGUCCAACCCGAGCAGCCUCCGCCUCCCGUGCUCUCCACUUCCCUGCUCGCUCGCAUCGCUGUCUCGCGUUCCUCCGGUUUCCACUCGUUCCGCGUUACCCUCGCGCGCGUGCGUAUUGCGCAGCCGCUUUAUCCCUCCGCCAGCUCUCGCGCGGCGCAGCGGCGGCAGCGCGCAUGGCGCACGUCACCUACCUGAGCGCGGAGGAGUUCGAGCGCCUAGCCGCAGAUCGAUCGAAGCGCGUCGCGGUUGUUGAUGUGAGGGACGAGGAGAGGCAGAUGGACGGGCACAUUCACGGCAGCGUGCACGCGCCCAGUGAGACCUUCCGUGACCACCUGCCGCACCUCGCCACACGCCUCUCCAACCACGAUGCUGUCGUCUUCCACUGCGCCCUCUCCCAGGUGCGUGGUCCCAAGUGUGCCAACAUCUAUGUGAGCCAUCACCAGGAGCAGCAGCAGCAGCAGCAGCAGCAGCAGGGAGGUAGCAGUGGCAGUGACAGCGGCGCAGCACAGAAGAAGCAGCAGCAAGGUGGCUGCUGCAUGGGUGUGUGUGUGGGCUCAAAGCAGCAGGGGCAGGAGGAGGAGAGGGUGCAGCAGAAGCGGCAAGCUCCUAAGGUGCAUGUGCUACGGUACGGGUUCAAUGGGUGGAUGAGCUCUGGAAGGCCCUUCUGCACGUGCAGCGAACCCAUAUGUUGUGAAGCAAGGUGA